AUGAAGCGGUUUUUAGUGACUCUCCAAAGGGGAGUGAAUCCAAUCAAGGUACAGAAUAUCAGAUUCAGUAGCAAAUUAGCCAAAGGGAUAAGAGAAUUGAAUGAAAAGCAAAAUAAUGCAAGCACACCUACAGUUAAGGAAUCAGAUAAGAUUGACUUAUCUAGAACAUUCGAUGCACUUGAUUCAUCUUCAAUGAAGACUAUGGAAACAAUAUUGGAUAUUUUACAUGAUGCUGAAGAACAAUCAGACUUUAAGAAAAUAAAUGUAAAGGUGCAUGGCAUUGAGACGGUUGAAGAUACUAAAUACUUGAAUGAGUUUACCACAAAAUUCGGAGAAGAGAUAUUUCAGUACAAAGUAAUACGGUAUCUUAAUGACACAGAGAUAAUAGGGAAUGAUCCAAACAUAUGGGGUACUAUACCAAAUUCAUAUAAUGAUUAUAUUGCGGAAUUCACUAAUGAAUAUUUACAGAUGAAUAAUUCAUUCUUCAAGAGUAACGAAAUAACAUUCAAUGGUCAUUUGAACCACUUUCAGUCAAUUGCAAAAUACUUUAUGGAAAAUGACUCUCGUUGUCUUCAAAGGAUCUCUAGAGAAAUUGAAAUACUAGCCAAAUAUCAACGUACGCAGACAUUUACUAAAAGAAAAUACCACUUCCCAAAGCUUUCGUUACCCCCACCUUAUCCAUACGACUCAGAAAAUCCAUUAGUGAUUAUGAAGGCAUUGUCCACUAAAAAAGAAUUAAAUUUACUCCCUUUUAUCAUAAAUGACCCCGAUGUUAUCAAGAACUUGAUUAUCAAAAACCAGGUCAUACAUAACAACGAGGUGACACCCGUGGAGAUGAUUCAGAGCUUAAUGGAAGCGCAAGAACUAGAAGGUUCUAAAUUAUUUACAAUAAUGGUAAAAAAAUGCCUAUAUUCGACCAAUCAACUUAAUAAUCAAAAACUUAUCGAUGCCUUAAUCAAUAAUGAAUCUAUAAAAUCAAUAGUGGCAUCAGAAAGUAAAAUCCCGUCAAGAUUAUUCAGUUAUAAUAACUAUAGGCUAGCAUUGUCAAGGAGUAGUGUUGUUGAUAUCAAUGAUGAUUUGAAGAUCCUCGAGCUCUUAAAAUCCCAAUUUAAUAGAUUCUUCGGUUUAUUUUACAGAAUAAGUGCUUUUGAAGCAGAGAAAUGGAUGUCGAAAUUGGUUGAAUUUUACGUGCAUGGCUCUGCAAUAGAUACUUUGAAGUUGUCGAAUGAUUCCAUAGCAUAUUUCAGGCAAUUUAUAUCUAAUGUCGAAAUGGACACGAAUAAAUCCAAAUGGGCAAAGAAAUGGCAAAUAAAGCAAUAA